UAGCACCGGAAGCGGCCAGGCGGGCCAUGGAGGAAGGACCUGCUGUCAGAACCCUGUCUCGAGAGGUCUCGACUGAGGACGCCGAGCCGUUGGGCGCUGCGUGGAGCGGGGACAGCGGCCACGUAUCGCAGAGCCAGAGCAGCGCAUCCGGGCCGUGGGAAGAUGACGGCCCCGAGGACGCGCCGGGCCGCGACCUGCCGCUGCUGCGCCGCGCCGCCUUGGGCUACGCCUCCAGCUUGCUCCCUGCCACGGGGCCGCGGCCCGAAGUGGAGGCUCUGGACGCCAGCCUGGAGGACCUGCUGGCCAAGGUGGACGAGUUCGUGGGCAUGCUGGACAUGAUUCGCGGAGACUCGUCUCAUGUGGUGAGCGAGGGCGUGCCUCGGAUCCACGCCAAAGCCGCGGAGAUGAGGCGCAUCUACGGCAGGAUCGACAAGCUAGAGGCCUUCGUGAGGAUGAUCGGUAGCAGCGUGGCCAGGAUGGAAGAGCAGGUCACCAAGGCCGAAGCCGAGCUGGGGACCUUCCCCCGGGCCUUCCGGAGGCUGCUGCAUACCAUCAGCGUUCCCUCUCUCUUCAAGUCGGCGCCCACUGGGCCCCAGCGCGCGGUGUACGAGCCGCCAGUCCUGUUUCGGACAGAGGACCACUUCCCUGGCUGCGGUGACAGACCGCAACUCUGAGCUCUCAUCUCUACCGUAGGAAGACUCCAGUGAGACUCUUGUCCCGAGUGUUAAGAAAUCCUGUUAAUUGACGUAUAUGAUGCCGGGAUGUGAAAUGUUAAAGUUUAUUUUCUGUAAACGACUUGACUUCGUCAGUAUUCGAUGUCAAUAGCGUAGAUCCCUAUGUCUUCCAGUUCUGAUUCGAAAGCUCUUUGGUAGGGGGCCUGGGAAAGCCAACUGAGUUAAUUUAUCUGUGCAAUAUGGCAGAGCUGUUAUUUUUAUGGCCUUUAUUACAGUGAACAGUGUUACCUUGUUAAGAUUUAUAUAUUUAUAUGAUCAAAAGUGACCAAGAAAUUAAAGCUGUAUUCUUAAAACCUAACAGUGGUUCAGUUUUCUAUAGAGCAUCUGGAAUAGAUGGUAGAUUUAGUAUUAUAUUCAGUUUUCCAUAGCAUGGAUUGUAAACCAAAGGAAAUAAGACAGUCUCUCAAGAUAGCAAACUGAGCGUUUUAUUGCAGGGGGUUCUGAAGUUGUAUUUGACAGUAUGACUUUAAGGCUUAGUUUAUCAAAACAAGCAUAUUAAUGUAUGGCUGUCAGUGUUCUAUUUAUAACACAUUAAUUAAAAUGCUAAAUUUCCUUGGA